AUAGUUUUUGAUAUCCUUGCUACACUUUUAAAAUUCCGACGCAUUAUGGAAGAGGGGAGAUCGGAUGCCGACACACAAUGUCCCAUUCAAAGCUUUGUUAUUUUCGACACGGAGACAACAGGUCUCCCAAAACAGAAACCAAAAAUAACCGAGCUGUGUUUUCUUGGAGUCCGGCGAAAAGACCUCGGUACGAAAGAGGGCGUGGGUCCGCGAGUGAUGAACCAACUGCUUCUGUGUGUCAACCCCCGUAAACACAUAGAGCCUGAGGCUGCGUCCAUUACAGGUCUGGACAAUGAAGUCUUGGCGGACCAGAAGCCAUUCGACAAAGACAUGGUUCAGCUGAUAUCAAGCUUUCUCAGUCGUCUUGCUAAGCCAGUGUGCCUCGUUGCACACAACGGCGACCGCUUUGACUACCCCCUCCUUGUCACCGAGUUGCGUCAAGCGGACGCAGACCUACAAGACGACCUCCUCUGUGUGGACAGUCUGACGGCGUUCAAGAAACUCGAAAGUCAAGCGCCAUUCUCAAAGAUGUCAGCACACGAGGGACUUUCCCAAGGUGAUGCCGACUGUUUGUCGUCGAAAUCAACGCCAAAGAAACCAUCCUUUAAAUUGGAGGAAGUGUACAAGCGGUGUUUUGGAGAAGCGCCACCUAUCUGCCAUACAGCAGCAGACGAUUGUUUGACCUUGCUCAAGGUUGUGAGAGAAUUCUCUCCGGGGUUCUUGGAGUGGGCAGACGACCAAUCGAAUUUUUUCAGACAUAUCUCUCCAAUGUACUAACGUAUAUAUUGAUACACGCAGGUAUAAUCCCUUAACUUUAGUUAAUCUUUAAUCUUAAUAUUUUAAUUCUAUGUCAUUAAGGUAAGGAAUUACCUCGUACUGUUUCAUGCACGUGAAGUAACUUGUAUACUGAGGACAGGCUGAUGCCUCCACUGAGACCCAUUCAUAUCCACACAUUUACACAUACAAUACUUUUUAAUUUGAAGUUUACACAAUACACAGCUUUUCAAUUGGACGAAAGGUCGGUCACAUGACCGCGAAAUUGACGUUCAUAAGUGUCUUACGUUCAUACAGUUUGGCCCUUACUCUAUGAAGGUUCAUCCUCCAAUGAACUCACACAAAGUGAAAGUCAAUUUUUGAAUGUAUUUUACAUAGGUGUGUCAAUAGCGCAUAUAAAAGCAUUUGCACGUUUAAAGCUGCUAGGUGUAUUCACAGGCCCUUGUGUCGUUGCUUAAAUAUGUCGAGAUCAAUUAAUAUUGUCAGAAAUGUACUAUCUUAUUAUAUCUUAACACAAGGCCAGACAAUCCGUGCAACACCGCUCUCCUGAUAUGGCUGCUUCUGAAGUAAAAUCGCAAAUCAUGCAUAAGAACUUCACAUCUACCUUGUCUACAGCAGGGUGAUUA